UACACAAUACAUUGGGGAUAGAUCACAGAUCGCCCUCCCCUUUUGCAUCAUCAUCAUCAUCACCAUCAUCAUCAUAACACGGAAGCAGUAAACAGGCAGAGAGGCUCCGACACGGGGAGGGGAUUUAAGUAAAAAAGGGUCAAAGAGAAGCAGAAAGGUGGGAAUAGGUGCAGAGAGGAAACGAUAGAAAGGUAAACAAAGACAGAGAGCGAGCAUCAUGGCGCUGAUCCCCUCGCAGGUUCUCCGGGUCGCCAUCCUGCUGUCUUACUUCUCCAUCCUGUGCCACUACAAAGCCUUAGACAUGCCGGCGCACCAGACCUACGGAGGCAGCUGGAAGUUCCUGACCUUCAUAGACCUGGUGAUCCAGGCGGUGUUUUUUGGACUGUGCGUCCUGAUCGAUGUGUCCAGUCUGCUGACUAAGGGAGGUGCCAGCAGGGAGCAGGAGCGGCAGCUCAGGAAGCUGAUUAGCCUGAGGGACUGGAUGAUGGCCAUCCUGGCCUUUCCUGUCGGAGCGUUUGUGGUCUUUACGUUCUGGACUCUCUACCUGUACGACAGAGAACUGGUCUACCCCAAACUACUGGACAGCUUCAUUCCUCAGUGGCUCAACCACGGCAUGCACACCACCGUUCUUCCCUUCAUCAUCAUCGAGAUGCGGACCACCCACCAUCGGUAUCCCAGCAGGUCUUGGGGUCUGGCAGGAGUUUGCUGCUUGGGCAUAGGAUACAUCCUUUGGACGUGUUGGGUGCACCAGGUGACGGGCGUGUGGGUGUACCCAGUUCUGGAGCGCAUUGCUCCACUGGCUCGAGUCAUCUUCUUCAGUGCAAUGAUGGUGCUGAUCUGUGUCUUCUAUGUUCUUGGAGAAAUCCUCAACAGCUACAUCUGGGAUCACUCACACACAGGAAAGAUCAAAGGUGAGUGAUCCUUUCUCAGUUGUAUGGGAACAAUACAUGAGUAUUGGCUUUGGUCGGAUAAACCAGGAUGAGUUGUGCCCCACCCACCCAGGACAGCACAAGAAAGGAAAACAAGUGACCUCUCUGGAUGUGGAAAACACCAUUACCUUUGAACUGUAUUCAUAACAAUAACCAUAGGAAAGGACAAAAUAUCAUCAGUUAAAAGUAAGUAGAGAAACUGGCAACAGAUGGAGAGUUGGAGUCGACAUCUCUUGUGUUUUUUUUUUCUCCUUUUUUGGUUUUGUUUUUCGGUGGCAAAAAUUAAGCAACUUUGAUGCAUCCAGCUUUGUGGAGAAAAGUUGAUGAAAUGCACAAACAUGCAUCUACACAAAACAAUGAACAUGCGCACUGAAAUACUGUACACACACACGACUAUGUAAGUAUGCAUUCAGGGACAGAAGCACACAUACAAACUGUAUUUGUGAUCUGCUUUUCUGUAACUUAUCAAAGUGAGCUGCUAUGAAACUACUGAGCAGCAAUAAUGUGUUGAACAUCAAUAUUCACGAUCUCUUGCAUGUCUACAUGAACACUAGAUGUUGAUAAAAAUCAAUAAAGUUUGAGUGGAAAUGUUUCCAUUCGGAUCCUGAAUGAGAUCUUCGGACCAGCCUGAGGAUCCAGGUCCACACUGGCUCCGCCUGAGUUACAGUGGGUCUCAGGUGUAUGACAGUUUUAAUUGGAUGUGACAGAAUCUGAUGGCAUCUGGUCAGACACACUGCACCUUGUGAGCGUGACACAUUUACGAGAUGUCACCGCUGCCUCAUUUAGAGCAGGUGACUCAAGAUUCGCCCUCAUGCUGCGGCCUGAGCUCACAUGAAUAUAUAGUCUGAUACAGUCAGAAAACAGCAUGGGAAAUCAUUCACUUUCAGAAAGACUCAAUGUUAUAAUGGUCACAUUAAAGUAUAUUUUAUCCAUAUAAUUGAAGGUAUUUAAACAUGCAACAAGCUCAGUGGCUACUGACUCAGUAUAAACUGCAAAACUAAAAAGAAAAGGCCUCAGAAGUGAAAACAAAUGGGCUGACUAGCUCCUACUGUGGUGCUUUCUUCAACAUGUUAGCCCUGACAUGUCACGUCUCAGAUUUGUGUCCUGUUUGUGCUAGAAUUAGCACCGUGUAGUAUUUUCUCUGCACAUAGCAUCUGUUCCUAUCAAUAAUGAGUUAGUUGCUGUUCUGUGCAAACAACAGGAAGAAGACAACACUGGAUUUACAGACAAAAAGUGCCAGGUAGUGUAAAAACACAGCAAUUCUGCAAAAUGCACCUGUGGAUGUAGAAACAAAAUGCAGCCUCACUCACUGACAGAGGAACUGAAUGAACAAGAAAAACGCAAAAGAUAAAACUAACAAUGCAUUUUUCAAGGCUGGAAAGACGUAACAAAGAAAAGGGGCCAAAACACAAAGAAAAACCAUAAGAAAAGAUGCAGUGACUGAGUUAAAGGAAGGCAGGACAGAAAGUGAGAAAGCAUAAGCUGAAGGGUGGAACCAGCAAUUUUUACCAUAGAGGUUAACAGAAUGGAAUCCCAAAACAUAUUAAAGUAACUCUUCCUGUCAACACAAACUCUCCCGUCUGGUUCUUCCUUGAACAAAAACAAAUGCCCCUCCUCUCUUCUCUCAGGUCAUUUGGCAGUGAAAUAAUACAAAAUAAACUCCUUUGUUUGCUGCAGAAAAUGUUGUUCUCUCAACGUUACACAACAUGACAUCUCAUAUUACACUAUUUUUUUAAAAACUUGGGUGAAAAACGUGUGUGUGUGUGUGUGUGAGUGUGUGUGUCCACUCCUCUCACUGUCAAUUUGGAGAGUUUGACACAACACACUGUUCAUUAGCAGCUAACUCUGCACCGCUCUGUGGGUGUGUGUGGCAUCUCUUCAUUAACACGUCAACUCCAGUCUGAGGUGACACUUUAAAACAUUCAGUAAUAUUCUGCACUGCAUUAAUUAGCAUGGAUUUACAUGCUAAUGAGCAACAUGGACAUGGAUCCCAGCACUUGUUUUAG